AUGGAUAAAUCAAAUUGGAUGAAUGUUGUUAUGAAAACUGCUGUAUCUGGGUUGGAUAUUUCCGAGACUGGACUAGAUGCUAAUAUGAUAUUGAAUGCUGUUAAUGAAGAAAAUGUUGGCAAUCAAAAUGAAACGCUCUCCGUAGAUGAAGAAUAUAAUCUUUGGAGAUCCAAUGUGCCAUUAAUGUAUGAUUUUGUUAGUGAAACAGAAUUGGUGUGGCCAUCUUUAACUAUUCAAUGGUUACCUCAUGGUAAAGGACCUAUUUCAAGGAAUAUUCAACAAAUGAUCUUAGGGACUCAUACAUCUGGUGAAGAACCUAAUUAUUUGAAAAUUGCUGCCAUCACUUUACCUGAUGAAGUUGUAGAUAGUGAUGAAGAUGACACUGAUGGUAUAUCAAUUGAUAGAAAUGAUCAAGUAUAUGAAAAUGAUAAUAGCAAGGACAAGGAAGAUUAUGUUCAAUCUAAUAUUAGAAUUAUGCAGAAAUUUCAGCAUGAGGAAGAAGUUAAUAGAGCACGGUACAUGCCGCAGAAUCCUAAUAUCAUUGCUACCAUUAAUGGUUUGGGUUUAGUAUCAAUUUUUGAUAGAGAUUCAGAUCAAUGUAAAGCUAUUAAAACUCUAAAAUAUCACAAAGAUAACGGGUAUGGAUUAAGUUUCAACCCAAAUUGGGAGGGUUACUUACUGAGUGGGUCAGAUGAUCACACAAUCGCACUAUGGGAUUUAAAUAAGGAUGCUAAACCUGUACAUAUUUGGGGGGAGGGGAUCCAUAAAGAUAUUGUUAAUGAUUGUAAAUGGAAUGAAUUUAAUAAAAAUAUCUUUGGAUCUGUUUCGGAAGAUUUGACUUUAAAAAUUCAUGAUCUAAGAAGUAAUGAUAGGCAUAAUUUUGAUUCUAGUAUCAGUUUUAGUUCUGAGUGUGUCUUUAAUACAAUAGCCUUCUCAAAACAUUCUGAAUAUUUAUUUGGUGCUGCUGGAACAGAUUCUUAUGUGCAUUUAUUUGAUAUGAGAAAGAUCCAAGAACCUUUACAUUCUAUGAGUGGGCAUCAGGAUGCCGUUACAAACUUAGAAUUUUUUGAACAUAAGGAUGGUAUAUUAAUGUCCAGUGGUAGUGAUAGAAGAGCAAUAAUUUGGGAUAUAAAUGAGAUUGGUAAAGAACAAGUGUUCGAUGAUGCAGAAGAUGCUUCACCCGAAGUAGUAAUGAUACAUGGUGGACAUAAAAGUCCUGUUAAUGAUAUGUCGAUCAAUUCAAAUAUCCCUUGGUUGAUGGCUACCUGUGAGGAAAAUAAUAUAGUACAAGUUUGGAAAGGUUCAAAAAGGUUGCCUACAAUAGGUGGUUUACCAAAAUUGAAUGAAACAUUAUAUCGAGAAUUGCUUGACAACUGA